GCUGGCAACGCGGUGCGUUCCCUGACACUUAGUGGCAACACACGCACAGUUGUAUAACCUAUUCGACGAACAUUUUAUUGUGAGUUGAAACUGUUUUAACUCGUCGCGAAACAAACUAAUACAAAAAUGUCUGGUGAAGGAGAAAAACUGUCGGGACUGUCGAAGCACUUCAAUGGUACAACCAUGGCCGGCCGUGCCAAUGUGGCAAAGGCUACUUAUGCCGUUGUCGGUCUGCUGAUCGCCUACCAGAUCAUGAAGCCCAAGAAGAAGUAAAGCGAAUUCUCCGUACUUUGGUGCCCACAAUUUAGAUGUGCGCAUGAAUUCUGGACAAAUUGUUGCCCAUGUAUAUUUAUGUUUAGUGCAAGAUCUUAAUGGAAUAAAUCACUUGAAAAUGUAAUAAUACUAAAAGGAAACAAGCCAAA